UGUUUGAUCGCGAACAUGUGUUUUGCGACUUCGUCGGAAUUUGAUUGGUUAUUUUUCCACAUGAUUUUUUCGAGUAAAAAAAGAGCGAGACUAGUCAGACAAGUAUUCUAAUCGCUGGCCUUUCACUCCCAAUCUUAAUCGAUUUCGUAAUACUUCGUAAAACGUCAGUAGUAUCGACCCCCAGCGAGCUGUAUUGUUUUUAUGACAGCUGUUUGUUCGAAUAACACUCUGGUAUUAUCGCAGACGAACGUAAUAACAGGGAUUGCACAAGCUUUAACCGGAAUUCCUCGGCAUAUCUUUGGCAGCAUGCAAUAAUAUGUAUCUCAGAAUAGUGAGUGAAUCCCUUGAAGCAACAUCUGCAAACCAUGUUCUCUCGAAGGAGCAUCUUCUCCAUCGUCUCGCAGAGCUUUGCGAGAAAGCUGCAUCUGUCAAAAAUCCGACAAGAAGCUGCGAUUAUAGAUGGAUCAAGAAUAGCGAAUGAGAUUCAAGAAGAGUUAAAAGCUGUUAUAAAUACUUGUGUAAAUGCUGGCAAAAAAAGGCCAAAACUAGUAGCAAUCUUAGUAGGAAAUCAUCCAUCUAGUAAAGCAUACAUUGGUAGAAAAAUGAAAGCUGCAAAAUUAGUAGGAAUUGAGAGUUAUACCAUUCAUUUGGGAGAAAACAUAACACAGACAGAACUUCUUACGGAAAUUGAUCAUCUUAACAAAGAUCCAUCAGUUGAUGGCGUUUUGGUACAAUUACCAUUGCCAAAGGGCAUGAAUGACAGAGAAGUAUGCCAAGCGAUAAUUCCUAAAAAAGAUGUAGAUGGUUUUCAUUUGGAAAAUCUUGGCAAUUUGACACUGGACAAAAGUAGUAUUGUACCAGCCACUGCCCUAGCUGUCAAGGAAUUAGUAGUUAGGAGUAAAAUUGAAACAUUUGGAAAAAACGCUGUGGUUGUUGGUAGAUCCAAACAUGUCGGACUUCCUAUUGCAUUGUUACUUCACGCAGAUGGCAAAGCUGAAACGGGUGCGCUGGAUAUGACAACAACAAUUUGCCAUAUUCACACUCCUCACACAGAACUAGAAAAGUUUACAAAGUUGGCGGAUUUAGUUGUGGUGGCAGCUGGAGUUCCCGGUUUGAUCACCAAGGAAAUGAUUAAACCAGGCGCUUGUGUAAUUGAUGUGGGAAUCACCAGAGUGAAGAAGGCAGACGGCAAUUAUUGCCUGGUGGGAGAUGUGGAUUACGAUGGUGUAAAGGAAGUCGCCGGACAUAUUACACCGGUUCCCGGUGGUGUGGGCCCUAUGACGGUGGCGAUGCUAAUGAAAAACACGGUCACGGCAGCCAUGAGAAAUCAAAAAGACGCGAAGCAGUCCGAUCGUUUAGAAGAUAGCAAAGCAUUUGUAUAUUGACACAGUAUAAUUUGUUAAUAGGUCUUUUAUUUGAUAAUUCAUAGAUACAUAGUUUGUGGUAUGCGAAUGAAGUAUUAUUUUUGUAAAGAAAAUUACAUAAAGCUGUUUUAUUCAUUUUAUGCAGUAUUAACAGGAAACAGAAGUACUAUGUAUAAUAGCUGACUAAAAAGAAUGUAUAAAAAAACGAAACCUGUUUACAUAUACAUUUUAUUAGAAAUAA